CUGGGUACCAAAACGGUGGAGAGGUUCUUAAACCUUGCCGACGACCACUUCGUCGAAGAUGUCAGCGAAGACUUAAAAUGUUUUCUUGCCGAAAAAAAAGUUGACAGUGUGUUAGUAUUUCCUCCUGUAAGUAACUACCGUCGUUUCCUGAUCCAUCGUUGUGUCGAGGAACUCGCUCUUCCUGAACUAGCAACCUUCUCCAUCGGUGCCAAUAAUGAAAGACGGACUGUCGUCUGUUUCAGGGAACAGCUAUUAAGUGAUGAAGCUUGCGCAAGACCUAACAUGGGCCUGACACAGGAGAGAAACGAUGGAGGACAGCCGAUCAACGCCGAGUGCAAGGCGCGGGCGCAGCCUCAGGAAAAGAUCAGAUCCGGAUCAACUAAACCGCGUCGACCAGACAGGGCUGUGUACGUACCUAGAGCGUUGAGGUCCAACGAGAACACAGAAGACAAAGAUAAGAAGAAUAUUGAUGCAAAGUGCCCAAAAUCACCAGCAGAAAAAUCUGGCCAGGCUACACCGAAAAGAUCUCAAGAUAAACAAUUCUGUAACGUCUAUACACCACCUCAUCUAAGGAAUCAAAGAUCUCAAAACACAAGCCAAGCGACCAACGAUACUAAAUCCGUGCCUUCAGUGCCAAUUAGUGAUAGUGCAAUACAUUUAAGUGAUAAUAUAUAUAACUAUACAGAUGAUAGCAGUUUUUAUAUCGGAGAUUAUUUUACUAACGGUCAGUUAGGUCUGUAUAAACCUGGAUUGUACGACUACGGUACGACCAAUUACGAGGAUAGUUGGAGAUCAAAUGAUUCAGACGAAGUGAAUAUGGCGGUACAAGAUAAUCAGCAUAAUGUUAUAAAUAAUGAAUAUAUAUACAGCAAAGACGAAGAUGUUGAGGAGAAAGAGUUGAAAAGAGCAUCGCAAGAGAUUAAUAGAAGCAGUAAGAGAAUUAUAAAGCAGAGUUUCGAUUCUGAUGUCCUAGUUAUAUCUGAUCCGAUAGAAGAAGAUGCUAGUCCAAAGAAGAAUAGUCAGAGUGAUGUAGAAGUUUUAGAGAGUAAAGAACCAGAAAAAAAGAAAUGUAAACCUAAAUUGGAAGCUAAAGUUUCUUUGAAACGAGAGGAAAAUGAUUGGGAUGCUGUUUUUGAUGAGAGCGGUGAAUGCCUUGACCCUUCAUUACUCGAAGAACUAACAUCCACAGUGGGCAAAGUCCAUAUAAGCAAGACUAAGAAUAAUUACGACCAGUACCAAACUAAAGGUCAAGCGUUAUUUAAUGGACCUUACGACGAAACUUUCGGUCAUGUGGUUGAAGUGUACGAUUUCCCGAGUGAGUUUAAAACGAACGAUUUCCUGUCAUUGUUCAGUGAAUACAAAGAUACUGGUUUUGAAAUUAAAUGGGUUGACGACACGCACGCGCUUAUUGUGUUCAGCAGCGCCAAAAUUGCUGCAGAGGUACUUUCAAUCCAGCGUUCGUUGGUCAAGUGUCGCCCUUUGCACGCCGCUACUAUCGAAUCUAGGAACAAGGCGAAAAAAUGCGCGGAAUUCCUGCAACCUUAUCGCCAACGUCCAGAGACAUGCACAGCGCUCGCCAGACGUCUAGUCUCCGGCGCGCUCGGCGUCAAACUGAGUACAGCGAGGCAGGAACGAGCCGAGGAGAGGAGACUCAUCACACUGGCUAGAGAGAAGAAGCGUCAAGCGGCCUUACACAAGGAGGCGGCCUGGGACGGCUCGCUCGCUGACCGCUGUGGGGGCGCGGCGCCAUGA